AUGGCCUCCUGUAACCUAAACAUUGGGAAAGGAGAACCUGAGCGGAUUCGUCCGUGUAUGGCCUCCUGUAACCAAAACAUUGGGGAAGGAGAACCUGAGCGGAUUCGUCUGUGUAUGGCCUCCUGUAACCAAAACAUUGGGGAAGGAGAACCUGAGCGGAUUUGUCUGUAUAUAGCCUCCUAUAACCAAAACAUUGGGGAAGGAGAACCUGAGCGGAUUCGUCCGUGUAUGGCCUCCUGUAACCAAAACUCUGGGAAACAAUCUCCCUGGAGUGAUCCCGCGAAUGAUGUGUUAUCCACCCAGGAUUCGCCUAGGUAUCGGGACCUAUUCGACGAGGACCCGGAUCUUAGAGAUCCGGCUAUCCUUGAAAACCUGGGUCGCUCCUAA